UCCGGAAGUGGUUGCUGGUCGCUGCAGGGCAACACCCCGGCGUCCCUGGAAGCGGGGAGCCGGACACCCCGGCGUCCCUGGAAGUGGGGGGGCCGGGGUGGUGCUGGGGAGGCGGCGCAGAGCCAUCGUCCCGGAAUCCCCCGGAAUCGGGGACAGGGUCUCUGGGAUCAAGAUAGCUGCGCCUGGCUGAGCCAUGGCUAGGCGGCCGAUCCUCUUAGGUGACCAGCUGGUUCUGGAGGAAGAUUCUGAUGAGACCUACGUUCCCAGUGAGCAAGAAAUCCUUGACUUUGCCAGAGUGAUUGGUAUCGACCCCGUCAAGGAGCCAGAACUGAUGUGGCUGGCAAGAGAGGGUAUCGAGGCCCCAUUGCCCAAGGGCUGGAAACCAUGCCAGAACAUCACAGGUGACCUUUACUAUUUCAACUUUGACACUGGGCAGUCCAUCUGGGACCAUCCGUGUGACGAGCACUAUCGGAAGUUGGUCAUCCAAGAGCGGGAGAGGUGGUCGGCUCCCGGGGCCAUUAAGAAGAAAGACAAGAAAAAGAAAAAGGAAAAGAAAAAUAAGAAGGACAAAGAAACCUCCAAAAGUCCUCUGGAACCACAGCCUGAGCAGGGACUUCUGCCUUCCUCCUCCUUUCUCCGUGGCCUGUCCCCUCUCUCAGCACCUGGGCUUGCUGAUCUGGACCUAGACCAAGAGGUGCAGGCUAGAAAUGAGGCUUUUAAGAAAGGGAGGAGCCCGUGCAUGCUGGGCGACACACCGUGGCCCCUAGUGGGCGCCCUUCCUGGUAAGCUGCAGCCGCUCUCCAAAGGCCAAGCCUCUCGAACCCACCAGAUCUUUGCUGAUGUGGAGAAAAUCUUAGGCAGGCCUUCGAUCCAAUGCAAGACAGAGUUAGGAGACCUGCAGGGUCUGGAGUCAGCCCAGAAGGCCACAGAGAAAAUCUACCUGGGGUUUUCAGACCCCGAAAUAGAAAAGAUGGAAUUGAGGACCAGACAGCAGAGACCUGGCGCCGGGGGCGCUCAGAACCCGGAGCCACUCCACAAUGGGCAGGAUGUAUCGGAAUGCAGGAGCCAGACCCCUGCUCACUCUAAGCUUUCGGAGGCUCUCAGGGGCCUGCCGCUGAAAGGGGAGCACCAUAAUAACCACAGCUUAGCCACACUGAACUGCACUGGUCCUGGAGGGGACAAAGGUCAGAGCCCCGUUCCCUUGCCACCUUCUGAGGAGGAGCCCUCCCUGUCCCUUUGUUCAUCUGACCACACGCUGCCUGCCAGGAAGAAGAAGCUGUUUUUACUCGAGAGCAGCCCAGCGGAAGACUUCAGCUGGCAGGGAGUUCCCGGGGAAGGUGGGGACCUGGGCAGGGAGAGGUGGAGGAGGGAGUCUCCAGGCCUAUGGAGGGGACAGGUCUCCAAGCUUAUCCACAAGGACACCCCAGAGAGAUGCAAGGAAACGGAGCCUGCUGCUCCCAAGGCUGCAGAGGCCUCAGCUGAAGAUGCACCACAGGGACCCUCGCUGAUGCCGCCUGACACCCUGGCAUCAGAACCAGUUCCAAAGCCCCCUGCAGGGGAUCCUGCCAGCGACGACAGGCAUCAUCUACCUGAAUCUCCAGAACCUCCCAAUGAAGAUAGGAAGCCUAGCGUGCCCGGGGCUGACUCGGAUGACAGUAGUGGAGGGGGCAGCAGCCUGGCCUCACCCCUUGGUUCACAGGUCCUGGGUGAGGUGAACAACUUCCCCUGGGACCUGCAGAACCCCCAGGGGUCUGUUCCCGUCAUGGGCCAGUCAGGCCCAGGGCCCAGAGAUGUGCGUUUCUGCCCUUUCCUGGUGCCCCAGUUGUCCCACAUGAGCUCUGCGGAGGAGCAGUCCGAGAGCGAAGACUACUCCGAGGACCAGAGAUUCUACCAGCACAUUCUGCAGAUGGUCAAGAUCUCCAGGCGGCUGGAGGGCCUGGGGCUGCCUGAGAACCUGCAGGAGAUUCCAUGCAAAGAUGUCGCCGGCAUGGUCUGUAACAUGGCCAAUGAGUCUUCCAGGAUAUCUAGUGAGGGUGAACACAAGGCCAUCAGAGCUCCAGAGAGGGACUCAGGGUCAUUGGCCUGGGGGCCAGAACUGCUGGAACAUCCUCCAGGAGCUGCCUCCGCCCCUGCUGGCCAGGGGGCCUCUCAGCAAGCACAGUGCCAGCCCAGCACCGGCCUCAGGCAGGGUCUGGUCCAGCCCUGUUCCGACCCUGGGCUUGCUGCAGAGCCAAGCAAGACGCAGCUUCUCAGCCAGGUCCUGGGUUCCCCCUUAGCCCCAGUCCAGGCCCCUCUUUGGGGCCUGGCUCCCUUACGUGGCCUUGGGGAUGCCCCGCCCUCUGCCCUCCGUGGAUCCCAGAGUGUGAGCUUGGGGAGCUCGGCAGAUUCUGGGCAUCUUGGGGAGCCCACGCUGCUUCCACAGAGUCUCAAGGCUGCUGCUUGUACAAAAGGUCUCUUGGCGUCUGUCCAUGAGGGCAAGAAUGCUCUCAGCCUCUUGACUUUAGGGGAAGAGACCAAUGAGGAGGACGAAGAGGAGAGUGACAACCAGAGCGUCCGGAGCUCCAGCGAGCUUCUCAAGAACCUGCAUCUGGACCUUGGUGCCCUGGGAGGUAACUUUGAGUAUGAGGAGUCUCCAAGAACCAGCCAGCCGGACAAGAAGGAUGCUUCUCUCGACUCAGAUGCCGACCGCCCCCCAACUCCCGGCAAGCUGUUCAGCCAGGGUGCAGACAGUAGUGAGGGCAGUGCCAAUGGCGGCAAGUCCCAAGGAAGAGGGGCGAGUCCCUGGAGCCCACAGAAAGAAAAUGAGAAUAGCAGUCCCAAGGCUUCUUCAAGUCAGGUGCCUCCUGGAUUGGACCCUGGGGGUGAUCAGCCUUCCAGGGCCUCUACAAAGGAGCAGGCAGAGGACGGAAUGGAGGCAGGAGAGGAGGCUUCCAGGAGGCACAGUGCAGCCAAGGAGCCAAAGGAGGCUUCUGCCCUGGAGGAGAACACCUCAGAUGUCAGUGAGGAGUCAGAGACCCACGAACACUUGAAGGAUCACCCCCAACGCUCAGAGUCCGAAGCUUCUGGCCCCAAGUCUUCCCUUGGCCUGGACUUUGGCUUUCGUGGCCGGAUCUCGGAGCACCUGCUGGAUGGUGACACGCUUUCUCCGGUCUUGGGUGGACCCCCCUGGGAGGCCCAGGGGUUAGGCCAAGAAGAACAAGAUGACAGCAAGUCCAGCAGAGCAGAGCCACAGAGCAAGCGGACCCAAGUCUCUGAGAGGGAAUGGCUCCAGGGUACUCGUCACAGCCAGGCCCCUGAGGAAGGGCCUCUGCAGACUCUGGAGGGGCAGCCUGAGUGGAAGGAAGCAGAGGAGCCUGGGAAGGACUCUGUAGCCAGCCCCACCCCACUGUCCCUCCUCCAGAGGGAGCAGGUCCUGAGUCCACCUGCUUUCCCUGAGAGGGCUGAGGAAAAACACUCCCAGGCCGAGGAGCUGGGCCUUGGGCAGCAGGAGGCUGAGGAGACCGAGGAGAAGGUGGCAGUCUGUCCCAGCUCACCUGCCUCUCCAGAGGUGCAAACUGCAGAGCCUGCAGCUCCUCAAAAGCAAUUCUCAGAGGCUAUACUGAAGGGCAUGGAAGAGGCAGUGACCCAGGAACUGGAGGAGGACCAGAGGCUGCUGCUGGAGUUGCAGAAAGAGAAGCCACAGCAGCUGGAAGAGAGGCAGUGUCGAGAGGAGGAGGAAAAGGAGGAGGGAGAGGAAGAGGAGGAGAAGGAAGAAGAGGAGAAGGAAGAAGAGGAGGAGGAGGAGGGGGAGGAAGAGGAGGAGGAAGAAAAAGAUGAGGAGGAAGAAGAGGAGGAGGAGGAGGAGGAGGAGGAGGAGGAGCUCCAGCUUUACCAGCAGAAGGAGAAGUCCCUCAGCCUCCUGAAAGCCCAGCUACAGAAAACUGCUGAGGAGGAGGAGAAGGAAGAGGAGACUCGGAUAAGAGAGGAAGAACGCCAGAGGCUGGCCCACCUCCGGGCCCAGGUGCAGUCCAGUACAGAAGCAUUUGAGAACCAAAUUAGGGCCGAGCAACAGGCUGCCCUACAGAGGCUUCGAGAAGAGGCAGAGACCCUCCAGGAAGCUGAAAGAGCCAGCUUGGAACAGAAAAGGAGGGCUCUGGAGCAGCUGAGGGAGCAGCUGGAGGCCGAGGAGAGGACUGCACAGGCCGCCUUGAGGGCAGAGAAGGAGGCAGAGAAGGAGGCCGCUCUGCUGCGACUGAGGGAGCAGCUGGAAGGGGAGAGGAGAGAAGCAGUGGCAGGCCUAGAGAAGAAGCACAGUGCUGAACUGGAGCAGCUCUGUUCCUCACUAGAAGCCAAACACCGGGAGGUGAUCUCCAGCCUCCAGAAGAAGAUAGAGGGAGCUCAGCAGAAGGAGGAGGCCCAGUUACAGGAGAGCCUUGGGUGGGCCGAGCAGAGAGCUCACCAGAAGGUUCAUCAGGUGAUUGAGUAUGAACAAGAGUUCAGCAGCCUCCUUCGAGACAAGCGCCAGGAGGUAGAGAGGGAGCAUGAGAGGAAGAUGGACAAGAUGAAGGAGGAGCACCGGCAAGAGAUGGCCGAAGCCAGAGACCGACACGAAGCUGAGGUGAGAAAGCAGCGGGCUGACCUCCUGGGGCAACUGACUGGAGAGCUGGAGCGCUUGCAAAGGGCCCACGAGCGGGAGUUAGAGAGAGUGAGGCAGGAGCAGGACCAGCAGCUUGAAGACCUAAGGCGUCGACACCGGGAUCAAGAAAGGAAAUUACAAGAUUUAGAGGUGGAACUCUCGUCCAGAACUAAAGAUGUCAAAGCCAGACUGGCUCAGUUGAAUGUUCAGGAGGAGAACAUGCGGAAAGAGAAGCAGCUGCUCCUGGAGGCGCAGAGGCAGGCUGCCCUGGAGAAGGAGGAAACCAGAGCCACCCAUCAGCACCUGGAAGAAGCGAAGAAAGAGCACACGCACCUGCUGGAGACAAAGCAGCAGCUGCGAAGGGCCAUCGAUGACCUGCGUGUCCAGCGGGUGGAGCUGGUGUCCCAAGUGGACCUGUUGCAGGCGCAGAGUCUGAGACUGCAGAAGCACGUGAGCAGCCUAGAGGCUGAAGUACAAAGGAAGCAGGACGCCUUGAAAGAGAUGGCGGCUGAGACCGAUGCUUCCGCACACCUGGAGCCAGGUCUCCACAUUGAGGACCUGAGGAAAUCCCUUGGCAUAAACGGGAACCAAGAGGUGUCUUCUUCUCUCUCCCUGAGUAAGGAGGAGCUCGACCUGUCCAUGGAGAGUGUCCGGCACUUUCUCUCUGCUGAGGGUGUAGCUGUCCGCAGUGCUAAGGAGUUCUUGGUGCGCCAGACGCGCUCCAUGCGGAGGCGACAGACAGCUCUGAAAGCCGCCCAGCAGCACUGGCGCCAUGAGCUGGCCGGCGCCCAGGAGGUAGACGAAGACCUGCCAGACACUAAGGUCCCGGAUAAUGUGCGCAAGAAUUUGGAUGAGGAGACCAGGCACUUGGACGAGAUGAAGUCCGCCAUGCGCAAAGGCCACGACUUGUUGAAGAAGAAAGAGGAGAAGCUGAACCACCUGGAAUCUUCUCUACAGGAAGAGGUCUCUGACGAGGACACUCUGAAAGGAUCCUCUAUCAAGAAGGUGACCUUUGAUCUCAGUGACAUGGACGAUUUGAGCAGUGAGAGUUUUGAGUCCAGCCCCGUACUGCCCAUCACUCCAAACUCUGCUGAUCCCAACAAGAUCCAUUACCUGAGCAGUUCCCUUCAGCGAAUCAGCAGUGAGCUAAAUGGCGUGCUGAGCGUUCUGGGAAGCCUCAACUCCCAGCCACAGUCACAGGGCCUCAACCUCAGUAGCCAGCCCCCGCCUCCCCUGUUCACCUCCUCACUUCGGCCUUCCAAGAACGUCCUUGCCCCUGCCUACUCCUCCCAGAGCAAGCUCUCAUCCUUAUCUUCUGUCACACCCACGUCUACCCAGUGGGCCUGGGACCCAGGACAGGCCACCAAGCUGCCCUCCCCCUCCUCCUUGCAAACCGUGGAUGAUUUCCUGCUGGAGAAGUGGCGCAAGUAUUUUCCCUCUGGCAUCCCGAUGCUCAAUGGCUCCCCUUCCCCGCCGGAAAACAAGCUGGGUUAUGUGUCUGUAAGCGAGCAGCUCCACCUCAUGCAGCGUUCCCACUCUCGAGUCCCGAAGACCGACAGCAUCAGCAUUCAGAGCAUGAUCGAGUCUAACCGGAAGUGGCUGGAACAUUUCCGGAACGACCCCAAGGUACAGCUCUUCUCCUCGGUGUCCAAACCAACAACCACAUCGAGCUUGCUGCAGCUGGGCCUGGACGAGAACAACAGACUCAAUGUGUUUCACUACUGAGCACCGUGUGGCGCCAGGCCAGUGCGGCCUCCUCCUCUGUGACAAGUGCCUGAGGAGCCGCCAGCACUUUAUUUCUCUCUCAUCAAGCAUGUCCUCCAUUGUAUACUCCUCCUAGGACUCAGAGGAACCACUGGGUAGGUGGGUGGAACAUAUGGACGUCUGCGAGCUUCUGUGUCAAAGUGGAGCUGAGACGUGACUGCUGAAGACAUCAGGGCUGUGGCCACCUUAGUUAAAGCAACUGCUUUCGGAGGCCUAGGGACCUCCUUGGAGGUUGGUCCCCUGCUGAGGUGUGGUCCUUCAUCUACACAGCCUCCUAGUAUGGCAUGCCCUAGGACUCGGCUGUGCUGGGCCUGUGCCUCUUUCUGAUACCUCAGCCCCGACAGGAUCACACCCAUCCCUCUCUUUUUGCCUUUUUUUUCUUUUUAAAUGUCUUCUGACUAUCUCAGGUUUGGGCUCAGCUGCCUGAGCCCAGCUGGACGUUCCUAGAGGGCCCCAAAGGGAUGUUCUGCCUCCUUCCUGUCAGCCGGAGGAGGCACUGUGCUUUCCUCGCCGUUCUCAGGAGCACACUUCCCUCCCUUAGGAUGCUCUCUGGAGCUCCUCUCCUUUGCCCUCAGGUCUCAAGCACCUAUCUCUCCAGGAAGCCAAAAAGCCAUAGGGAAAGAGAAGGAUGUGCCUUCUGCCCUGUCUUGAUAGUUCUCUUCUUUAACAUCCCGAGUGUGUCUGUGAGCCCUGUUUUCAUCUGUCCUUCUACCUGGGCCACCCUUGGCCCAGUCCAACUAUCAACUCUGCCCACAGCUCGGGGGAUGGGGCUGACUCAAGCCUGGCACCGGCAGGGGCCAUCUUGGAUCAGGUGCUUCUGGCUCAAGCCUCCUUGGCCCCCCCACGCCCCCUCAGUGGAAGUGCAUCCUCUGCAGGAGGAGCUGCAGGUGAUGUUCUUAGCAUCUGUCUCAUUGUUUAAACAAAAUGCCCUCGUUUUUCUUGUCUUGAGAAGCUGUGGGUUGCCUUUACUCCUGCAACUCACAGGGUCUCACAGAUUCAUUGUUCAUUUCUUUGCCGUGGAAUAAACCUCUAACAGCCAAUUGGCUUUUUACCCUCUUAGAUAUUUUUUAGUCAUCGACAGACCAUACACAGAAAAAGUCCAUUUUGUUACUUGUUCUACCCUGUGUGCCUUGAGAACCGCUCAUGUGGUACGACCGACUCUGGUGACAAUCCUGUGGGUUUUUUUGCAUCUAUUAAAUCUCUGUAAGUCAGUUUUCUA